AUGUCAACCGACAAACCGCACUCAUUCGGAUAUUGCUCACUUGUUCAAUAUGUGUGCCUUCCAUUUAUCAGCAGGUUCCUUGAUUCUAUAGUAGGAAAGUCUUCAGAGAAGUUGAAACUAUCCGUAACACCCACGAGAGAUGAAAUGGACUUUGGCGAUCAAACAAUAAUAAAUAACAACGAUGCGGCUCAACCUGUAACAAUAUUUCUACACAAUCCCGUCCAUUUCUGUUGGGUCAUGCUUUUAGACCAAAAGAUGGGACUAGGAGAAGCAUACAUGGCUGGUGAUUGGUCAGCGCAUCCUGAUCCAAAAGAGCUUUUAAAGCUUCUCAUUCGAGCAAAAAGUAUGCAUCCUUAAAU